GUCAGUUCAGUACCAAGACACACAGCAGUAGAGACAGAGACACAUUAACAUAUUAACAUAUUAUUUCGCAACCACUCAGCUUCACAUUCACAUCGAUUUAGCUGACAGACAUUUGAAUUUGAGACACCCACCUCCAGAACAGGUGACCUGACCGGGAACUGCCCUGUUACCGAUGGUCCCGCAAUCCGGCGGUUGUUAAGAUCGGGGUUAAGAUCAAUGGAAGUGGCAGGUUUCUACGAGAGGGAUUACCUCGCUUUACACAGCAGCAACUGCAACAGUGCCAGCUACAGCAGCAUCAACAGCAGCGCCGCCUGCAACCUGUCGAGCGGGGGUUCAAUGACGGAUCUGAGCAUCGCAGAUAACGAGAAGGCGAUCAACUUCAGCAUCUACCUGGAGCAGCAGUACCAGCAGCAUCCCACACAGCUCGGGACCCCGGGACAGCAGCACGAGGGGGGUGUCUUAACAGACUUUCUCGCCGAAGAUUAUAAGAAUAAACGCGACUCCUUACAGAACUACAGUUACCUGUCCCUCAGCAGCGGCCGAGCGCCCGGGGGCAUACUGAGCUUCCCACAGUUGUUGGAGACCCGUGUGAACACAGUAUUCAGCCCGCAGCUGCUGGGCAGCACCAAUAGAGUCAAGCAGGAGCUCAGGGAAGAAGAGGCUAAUAGAAUGGACUCGGGCUCUCCCAGCUACGACAUGGGCUCAUAUUUGCAAUACCAUUCUGCGCCUAGCGGAAGUACUGGGAAUCUCUCCACUGCCUCAUCAUCUUGCUCCAGCCCGCCGGGCACCCCUGCCCCGUCCGGCUCUGCUGGGUCACCGCAUAACAGCGGCGGCAAGCUUUCCUCCAGCAAGGGGAAGAAGCGUGUGGAGAAGAGCAGCGAAGAGUACAAGCAACGACGGGAGAGGAACAACCUAGCGGUAAGGAAGAGUCGGGAUAAAGCCAAGGUACGCAACCUGGAGACCCAGCACAAGGUACUGGAGCUGGCGGCGGAGAACAACCGGCUGCAGAAGCGAGUGGAGCAGCUGUCCGGAGAGCUCGCCACUUUACGGAACUUGUUGUCAGCCACUGGGCAGUGCUAGCCUGGCGAGUAACGCAAACCUUUCGACCUGUGCAAUCACAUUGCUGUCUCCCCUCUCACACAGAGGACUUGGCUGCCGACCUGCCUAAUCAGUGCGAGACAAAGGGGAGGUCAGGGCUGUCCCCCGUCAUAUUGAAAAGGGAUGUUUUGGGAACAAGACAUGUUUAAAGACAGUGUUGGUAAAACCAAA